AAGAACCGCAACGCGCGCAAGAGGCAGAAGGAGAAACGAAGCCGCCGCGCCGGGCUCUUCCUUCCGCGUCGGGGCGGAGAGCGAGAGGGAGGAGCCGGGAAGGCAGCGCGUUGCUCCUGCCGGCCUCCAGGAGGGACCAACAAGGAGGAGACUCUCCAACAACUUGGAAAACACGUAAGAGAAUGAGCGUGCUGCUAAUUGAAGCUUUUUAUGGAGGUUCACAUAAGCAGCUCAUGGACCUUCUCCAAGAAGAAAUAAGAAACUGUGUCCUUUUUACUCUUCCAGCAAAGAAAUGGCACUGGAGGGCAAGGACUGCAGCUCCCUACUUCAUGCAGAAUGUACCAGCCAGUGCUGAUUACAGGAUCCUCUUUGCAAGCUCGGUGCUUAACCUGACUGAACUGGUUGCCCUUCGGCCUGACCUUGGCAAAUUGAAAAAGAUCCUUUACUUCCAUGAGAACCAAUUGACAUAUCCUGUCCAGAAAUGUCAGGAAAGAGACUUCCAAUAUGGAUAUAACCAGAUUCUUUCAUGCUUGGUUGCUGACAUUGUGGCGUUCAACUCUGCCUACAAUAUGGAGUCGUUUCUAACAUCAAUUGGGAAAUUUAUGAAAUUGAUGCCUGAUCACAGGCCUAAACAUCUGGAAAAGCUAAUCAGGCCAAAAUGCCAAGUCCUUUACUUUCCAAUAAAGUUCCCAGAUGUGAGCAGGUUUAUGCUAAAAAACACACUGUCCCAUACUAAAGAAGGGCUCGAUGCUAAAGGAAUCGGAGGUACAUCUUUGCUUAUGGAGAUGCCUUUUCAAGAACAGAAAUGUGAAACUGCAAAUAUCAUCAAUAUCAACAAUUUAGACCAAAGACCUGGGCACCAAAAAGUAGAGUCUGGAGAUUGUUGCCCCUGGCCGGAGAGACAGCAUCUUUGUCAAGGAGAAGGGAGCCAAUGUGCCACUCCUCUUGGUCACAAUGUGGGCAGUUUGCAAUAUCAGCAGAGGCCGUUGCACAUUGUUUGGCCUCACAGAUGGGAACAUGAUAAAGAUCCUGAAAGCUUCUUUAAAGUGCUGAUGAAAUUGAAAAAGAUGGAACUGAAUUUUCAUGUCUCUGUCCUUGGAGAAGCCUUCACUGAUGUUCCAGAUAUAUUUUCAGAGGCCAAAAAGACAUUGGAAUCAUCAGUCUUACAUUGGGGCUACUUACCCAGCAAGGAUGACUAUUUCCAAGUUCUGUACAUGGCUGAUGUGGUCGUCUCCACAGCUAAGCAUGAAUUCUUUGGUGUGGCAAUGAUAGAAGCGGUGCACUGUGGCUGUUACCCCCUCUGUCCGAAUGCUUUGGUCUAUCCAGAAAUAUUUCCAGCUGAAUAUCUGUAUUCUACACCUGAACAGCUUAUUAAAAGGCUUCAGAAUUUCUGCAAGAGACCAGAGAUUGUAAGGAAACAUCUCUAUAAGGGUGAAACAUCUCAGUUUUCUUGGGCAGCGCUCCAUGGUAAAUUCAGGUCUCUCCUCACAACAGAACCCAGGGAAGAUUUGUGACAGAUGGGGGCGAAGUCACAAACUUGCAGCCGAAAGCAAAACGGGGAGAACUUUCCAGUAUGUGUGUGUCCAUAUUUACCUGAUCAGAGCGAAAGAGGAAAAGAGGCAGAGGAAGCUCAGCCUGGCUGCUUGUCAUAGCUGACACAGAGCCAUCUGCCACAAACCUGUGGCGGCUUCAGAUCUCCGAUCCCUGCCACCACUCCAGCUCAAAUUAAAUGCAGAUUCCCGGAGACGUUACGAUGGUUACACAUGUCCUCGGCAUCACAGGCAGGAGACUGAAAAAAUAAAUGUGGCCUGUUGUAUAACUAUGCUCAUGUAUCCCAUAUGUGGUGCCACAUUGAAUUUCCGGUGGAAUUUGUUUGUAUCCUUUGUACUGGAUGACACGGAGCCUGCGUGCUUUCCCUUGGCCGACGUGAUGGCAGCCAAGAUUGCAACUUCAAACAUUUGCUGCUCGGCCAGCUUUCUACCUAGACUGCCAGGUUAUCCUUGCAGCCUCACUGUGUCCUCCAAGGGCCACAGGGUCUCGAAGGAGGACCCUGUUCCCUCUCCAACCCACCCACCCUGUCUAAUUGGGCAGAUCUCUAGGAGUUAUGGAAAGGCGGAGGUUGCUUUUUUGCACUUCUUCCCACUAUCUCUUCCUCCUCUUCUUCCCCUCCCCCCUUCCUCCUUUUGCAAAUUAAUGACUCCAUGGCACUGGGGCUUUUAAGUGAAGGUAUUAAUAAGGGGGUCUGGCAGGUGAUCCAUGAUUCCCAGAGUUGCAUUUGCAUUUAAUUAAUCUUAAAGAAAGCGGCAAGAUAAACAGCUGUAAUUCAAACUAGCAUGGGAAAUAUGCUAUAAGGUGCCAUCUAUCCAAUGAAACGAAAGGUUGGAGACUUGUUUUAUUUCUCUCAAGGCCGGUGAAGAGGCAGACAUCAGAAUUGUUCCAUGGGGGCAAAAUGCAGAUAUUUGUGGGGUGUCCGUCCCCCCCCCCCACCGUUAUGGCCUGUUUUGUUAUUAAGUAGAGGGGAUGGGAAUGAGAAAUUGAUACUCCAACUUGCAAGUGGGAGCUUUUCAUUAUAGAUUGUACGUCUAACAAUGAUAGAGCAACUGCAUUUGUUGAUGUUAGAGGCUCCAAAAUUUCAAAUGUGCUACAUUUUAUUUUUAAUAAAGUUUUUAUUUAGCAUAUUCCAGUUAUACAUACAUACAUUUAUCAAUAUAUUUCAGAUGUUUACAAAAGGUGAUUACAUGACUGCAACCAUCCUAAAAACAGGCCAGUUACAAAGCAUCCAAAUUUUGAUCGCCUGACCACGGGGAAUGCUACAACAGUCAUAAGUGUGAAAAAUGGUUAUAAGUCACUUCAGUGCCAUUAAACAGGUACUAAUCAAAUGGUUCCAGGUUGAGGACUAGCUGUACUUCAUUUCUACAUUAAACCUCAGUUGCUGACCUGCAUUUAGUCUGUGGCUAAAUACAAAAGUUACAAGCAUCAGAUAUACUGAAGUUAAAGUUGUGAGCAUUCCUUGAUUAUGGAUGGUAAUGGUAACCUGUUUAUAAGGAUUAUCCAUCUUGUUAGAGCUAUUGUACCAAACCAGGUACCUUAUCUUCUGUCUGCCUCUUUUUCCAUUUGUUUGUUUUUUUUUUAAUUUUCCAAGUAUCUGUGCCUUCUCCAAUGACUCUUACCUUUUUAUCUUAUGUGUCCAAAAUAUUUAAGCUUUAACGACAUCAUUGGUGGUGUUCUUUCACCUUCAGUGAGAUUCCAUCUACCCAUCAGGAAAGUGUCUGAGGUUGUUUAAGUUUCUCCCAGCAAUAUUAAUUUUUACUUCUAUAUCUUCAUCUAGCAUUUUCCAUAACACAUUCUGCUUAAGAUAAGUAAGUAAGAGGAUGGUGUGCUCCUUCAGGCCAAAUUAAAUAUGAUGAAAUUCUCUUGCUUUUUCCAUUUUUCUGUUGGAAUUUAGCAAUGUGAUCUGCAGUGCCCCAGAAUGCAGCUUUAAACAUCUGGUAGUUGAGGUUUGGAAUGCAGGAUACUUCCAGUCUCAGUACUUAAGUAAUUCUGAAGAUACUCUAGGAGAAGAGGGGCCAAAUUUGUUAUUCUCUUGCAUAUCGAAUAAAUAAAUAAAUAAAUUAAUUAAUAGUAGUAGUAGUAGUAGUAGUAGUAGUAGAAAAGACAGCAGCAGACAGCAAAUAUCCCCUCUGCAAAGACACUGAAGAAACAGUGGAUCACUUAGCUGCAAAAGAAAGUAGAAUUAGAAGUAGAACAACUGUGGCAAAAGAAAGCAAACUUAGUACCAAUAAUGACCUUAGGUGCAAUCCGAAACUAUCUGGAGCCCCACUUGAACACCAUCGGCAUUGACAAUAUCUCCAUCAGUCAAUUUCAGAAGGUAGCUUUACUUGGAGCAGUUUACAUCCUGCAAAAAUAGCUUUUAACACUAUCAAACAUCAACAUCUAUUUACAACUGUGAUGGGCAAGGCCCCAUGUGGUCAUAAAUUAAGGACUCCCUGUAAUAAUAGGCAUUUUGGGUGUAAUCCCAAAACAUCUGAUUUAUUUGAAACACUUUACAUCUAUCUUGUGAUGAUACCAUCAAACAAUAAUAUCUGCCUUUCCCAGGUCCUUAGGAAGAACUUGCUAAAUGGAUAAAAAUGCCAAAACCAGUCUAAAGAUCUGGCUGACUGUGCGACCAACUAUAAUAAUUUACUGAUUGUAUUUAUAGGUCAUCUUAAAAUAAAGGGCAUCUUGCAGGAUCAACGCAUGUAUAAAAAUAUUGUGAUUAGUGCAAUAAUUAUGAUGCAGCUGAAAAACAAUAUGAAAACCAGUAAUAAAAUAGAAGAGCCAUAUAUAUUGAAUAGGCUCCCAUAAUCAUUAAAAGAUAUAGGGCAAUAUAAAAAUACUUCCCAUGAACAUUUGAGAACGUGCCAGAGCGCCAUUAUUGCAGUGCCACUGCUAAAAAGGCCUUGUAUUUCUUAACAUCUGCCUGAUCACAUCUGAAAGGGAUUCUGAGAAAACAUUAUUCAAAGAAGGUACAGGUAGAAAAAGGUGACCCUUUAAGUACCCAGCUUGUGAUGGCCUUCUGAAUUUUUUUUUAAAAAAAUAGUAUUUUGAAUUGAGUCCAAGGUUAAACUGGGAACCGGUGAAAGUAGAAAAAUAAAUUAUGUAAUAUAAGCAGUACAAGCUCAGAUUUUUAUGUACAGUAAUUUUCAAUGGCAAUGCUGCAUAUAGCAUGCUCCAGUCCAGUGGAAUGGGACAACUCACCACAGCCAACCCAAUGGAAAUAAAAUGUCAAAAAACCAGUAGCAGAUAAUAUUUAUCACAUUUAGUUAAACCGUGAGGAAUUCUCUGUGGUGAGUUGUCCUGCGGCGAGUAGGCUGCAGUGAGAUGGCCGUGACAAAAUGGCUGUGGCGAGUUGUUCUAGACCAGGGGCGGAUUUCAAAAUCCGUUGCUACCAGUUCAAUCAUGGGCACAUGCGCAUUCACAACACUUCUGCGCAUGUGCAGAAGCGUCCGGUCAGGUGGGCGGAGCCUCCAGCCGCCGAUGCUACCGGUUCUCCCAAUCUGGGGCAAACUGGUAGCAGCCCACCACUGUUCUAGACCCCCAGUCCAAACAGACUUGGCAAAGCAUGGGUCACUGAAACAGAGAUACCACGACUGAGAUAACUAAUGUACAGAAUGGGCAUUCUGCUUCAGAUUCAUAUGUUUCUAUUAAAAGAACACCUCAAAAUGCUAAUGGCACUCACUUUUUGUAAGAAUAUAUAGUUAUUUCCAGCAUUUGUCUUCACUGCCACUUCUGCAGAUACUCAUAGCUACCACUAAAGUUUUCAAAGUCACAAUUUAUUCUGUGCUUCCAUUAUAAUUCAAUGCUGUGAUAGCUAUGCCAGCUCUAAAUAUUUUCUUCUGUAGCUAAACUCAGAUACUACCUCUUUCCUUUGAACAUAGAUGCUUUUCAAAAUCUUGCUAUAUAUUUCUGAUUUUUAAAGCUGAAAGUAUGCUAAUGUUUUUUUUUUCCAUAGCGGGUGGCCAUGUGUUUUGUUGCUCUUCCAUUUAUUUUCUCUCACUGAUUAGUGCUAGAAUCUAAGGUUUGGAAAUUUUUCAGGUAUAGCAAAAUUUGUUAAUUUAGCACCAUUUCUAAUUCCAAUCUCUUUACUUUCAUGAACUUUGCUUUUCCGGUUUACAAAACAACAAUAAAGUGAUUGUCCCUUAGUGUAAUCCUUAA